CAUUUUGCAAAAUCAAAAGUAAGAAAGAGGAAAGAAAAAUAAGAAUCUUGGUAUUUCUGCAGUAGCAGUGGUAGCUCUCUGGGUACGGGAAGAGCAACUUCUCUUCGGCUUUUGAUCUGUAGAUCUUUCUUCAACCUUCUAUGGCUAUCGAGAAUGGUAACUCCAACACUUACGAAGAAGCUCGCAAGCAACGCGUUAAGGAAAACAAGAAGCGGUUCGAGGAUUUGGGAAUUUCGAACAUUUCAAAAAGUCUCUCCAAACUCAGUAGCCCUGAAAAGAAGUCUAAGCAACGCCUUCCAAAACCAAAAUCUGAGGGUACCGAGGCAUUUGAACUAAGACGCUCUUCGCGUGCUCGCAAUACAGUUACCUCAUAUCUUGAUGAUUUGGACAUUGAUCUUCCAUCCUUGCGGAAGAGGUCAAGAUCAAAUUCAUCAUGGAAAAGCUAUGUUGCAAGACCAUUGGAAGAAGUCAAACUUGCCUCUUAUGAAGAUCGAGCUUUGGCUCUAAGAGCUGCAGAGGAAUUCCAAAGUGGUCUACAAUCUGGAAAUCCAUCUUUUGUCAAAUCAAUGGUUCGGUCUCAUGUUUAUAGUUGUUUUUGGUUGGGGCUUCCUACUCAAUUUUGCAAGGAUCAUCUUCCAAAGAAGGACUUGGACAUGAUACUAGAGGAUGAAAAUGGCUCAACAUGUGAUGCGAAGUACCUUGGCAAAAGGAACGGGCUUAGUGGAGGUUGGAGGGGAUUUGCUUUGGAUCAUAAAUUAGAUGAUGGUGAUGCGGUGGUGUUUGAAUUGGUGGAGUCCGACAGGUUUAAGGUUUACAUAUUUAGGAUAUCAUCCCUGUCUAGUCAAACACACGCUGCAGAUAUUGUGGACAAACAAGAAUCUAAAGAGGCAAAGAAUGCAUCAAAAAAGAAAAAGAAGAUUGAUUCACAUUCAAGACAGACAAAUAGGUCAAAACAGACACGCAACUCGAAGAAAGCAAAGGCAGAUAAGAAUGAGGAGUUGUCAGAUACUGAAGAACCCCAACCACAAAACACAACAAUCUGCAAAGAAAGAUCAGAGAAGGUGGGGAAAAAUGGUUUUGUUCCUCAAGAAAACGAUGACAAGAGUUUAUCAACCAGAAAAACAGAGGUAAAAUCAGCUGAUGAAAAGGAAAAGCAAGCAAAACCUGUAAUCAAGCCUAGAAAGAAACCAGCUCCAAGAUUAUUUAGAAAGAAAAUAUAGAAAGUUUUUUAUGAGGGAGAGUACUGUAGGCUAGGCACUUCUUUGAUAAAACAUUUUGGAUUAAUCUUAAUUUUAAAAUUUAAAUUGAUUGAUGUUAAGCAGUUCAAAUUCUAGUUAAUUAUACAUUUUAACUUAUUUUUCCAUUGUUCGGGAAAAAAGUAUGAUGGAAAAAUUUAUGUUAUUGAAUAGAACUCAAUUUUGUUUUUA